AUCAGUUGAAAUAAUUUCCUAUUAUCAAAAGUGUUGGUGGUUUUCACUGUUGAUAAAAUAAUCACUUCAAUUGUUGAUAUCUACUAAUUGUGAUUGUUUGAUUGUUCAUAAUCAUCACAGCGAUUAACAAUGAUGUGAAAGGAUUAACCUACUGAUUGCAUAUUAAUAAUUAAUAUAUAUAAAUACCUGUUAAUGUGUUUUAAUUGUUUUCCAUUUUUCUAUCAACUUGGUUUUCACCAGCACGAUUGAACGUGUUUACUAUUAUAUUUUGAAUUGAUUAUCUUUUCUCUAAUUUUCUGCUAAAUUUAUUUUUCUAUUUCAAGUGUUCAAUUAAUUGUAUCAUGUCUACAACCAGUUAAAGGAUUUAAUCGUCCAAUUAACAUGAUUAAACCAUCAUUAGAUUAAAAAAUCAACCACCAACAUCAGAUUACCAGAUUAUCCCGAACAUUUCAAGUGCUUUUAAUUGUUGGCUGACAGAUCAAAAUCAAAGUGACCUUACGUUUUACUCUUGGUAACAUGGAAACAUUGGAUAUAAUAAUUCAAAUUGUCGGAUGGAUUUACUUUGCUGCCUGGUCAAUCAGUUUCUAUCCUCAAAUUUUAAUCAACUAUCAGCGUAAAAAAGUGACCGGACUUGAUUUUAAUUUCAUCGCCCUUAACCUUUCCGGUUUCUUGUGUUACACCAUCUACAAUGUUUGCCUGUUUUACAUUCCCCGUUUCAAGGAGGAUUUUGUCCACUUUAAUCCAAACCAAACGGAGCCCGUUUUUGCCAACGACAUCGGCUUUUCAAUCCAUGCCACUUUCGCCACCAUUGUCACCAUAAUUCAAUGUCUCAUCUACGAACGGGGCAAUCAAAAGGUUCACAUUACCGUUAUCAUCGCUACUGUGGUCAUCUGGCUCGGCGCUGGUAUACUUACAGUGUUGGUCAUUGUCCACAAAUUAAACACUUUCUAUCAUGGUUAUUACUUUGCCACCGUUAAAUUGGGAAUCAGUGCUUCCAAAUACUUCCCUCAGGCUUACUUUAAUUACAAGCGUAAAUCAACAAUCGGCUGGAGUAUUGGAAAUAUAUUACUUGAUUUUACUGGUGGAUCAUUUAGUUUAAUUCAACAAGGAUUGUCAGCAAUUAAGGAGAAAAAUAUUGAUACAAUGAUCGGCAAUCCCGUUAAAUUUGGCCUUGGAUUAUUGUCAAUGGCCUUUGAUGUUUUCUUUAUGAUCCAACAUUACAUUUUUUAUGUUGAUCGAGAGGAACCCGAAGACAAUUCAAGAAGUGAUUUAUAUUAUCAAUCGGAUCAAAUUGAUUACAACAAUGAACAAAAUAACCGUAACAAUCAGCCUCACAUAGCUUAAUUGUUACAAAGUGUAACUUGAUUAUCUUGUCAACAACAAACUCUCCUAAUCCAUUACCACCAACAUCAUAAUCAUCAUCAUCCCCAUUUUUCAUCACUUAAUCAUUCAUAUAUUAGAUAAUUUAAUUCCGUUUAAUCUUAAUCGCCAUUUUAAUUGUUCCCCAGUAACUUUUAUAUAUUUAAUUAUUGUUGUGUUUUUCACAUUCACAUUUUUCAAUAUUUUCCUAUUCUCAAGCCAAUCUAUUUUUGUGCAAUAAGAAAAAUCAACAAAUUUUGAUUACAAUAUAAUAUUUUUAUAUUCAUCCAACCCAAAUAA